GGCUUGUGACCGUGACAGUGCCAGCUUCCACAAUCAUUCUUUUCCCUUUAAAACACACCUGCUAUAAAAAACCCCUUACCCAAUGUUGUAACUCCAACACAAACAAACCUUUUUAUGUUUCUCGUUUUUGUCCCAACAACGUUUCUUCUUUCUGUCACAUGUCUCAUAUACCCCUAACGUUAGUAAAUCUUGUUUCAUAGAUCUUCAUUCCCAACCUAAAUUCCAAUUAGUCCUCUCUUACAAUCUUCCUAUAAUUUGAUUCCCUAUAAUUUCGUUACAUUACAUUCCCCUAAAUCACUAAAACAAAAAACAAAACGUGUGUUAUUAUUUCUCUUUCACAAUAUAUAUUCCCGAUAAAUUCUCUUGACAAAAUCAAACCCAACCCAUCUCUUUAAUUCCUUUGAUUUUUUCAAAGUUUCUGACUUUUUCACAAAAACUGUAAUGGGUGUUAAGGGUUUCGUCGAAGGAGGCAUAGCCUCUGUCAUUGCAGGGUGUUCUACACACCCUCUUGAUCUCAUCAAGGUUCGAAUGCAAUUACAAGGUGAAAAUACUCAAAAGCCCAAUAUACCCAAUAUUCGACCUGCACUUGCUUUCCAACACGGUUAUGUUCCUCCGUCGCAGUCAUCUGCUGCGACGGCGAUACCCCGUGUUGGUCCAAUUUCGGUUGGUGUUAAAUUAGUUCAACAAGAAGGUGUAACUGCACUUUUUUCCGGCGUUUCCGCCACCGUCCUCCGCCAGGUUCUUUAUUCGACCACCCGGAUGGGACUCUAUGAAAUGCUCAAGAAAAAAUGGUCGGAUCCCAAUUCCGGCGGUACUUUGCCGUUGACGAGAAAAAUUGCGGCGGGGCUGCUUGCCGGUGGGAUUGGCGCGAUGGUCGGUAAUCCAGCUGAUGUGGCAAUGGUUAGGAUGCAGGCUGACGGAAGACUUCCGUCAGCCCAGAGAAGAAACUAUAAGUCCGUUGUCGACGCCAUCACAAGGAUGGUAAAAGACGAGGGAGUUACUAGUUUAUGGCGCGGUUCAUCUCUCACGGUUAACCGCGCCAUGUUAGUUACGGCGUCACAGCUGGCGUCAUAUGAUGAAUUUAAGGAAAUGAUAUUGGAAAAGGGAUGGAUGAAGGAUGGGCUAGGGACCCACGUGACAGCGAGUUUUGCGGCAGGUUUUGUGGCGGCGGUUGCAUCUAAUCCGGUGGAUGUGAUUAAGACAAGAGUGAUGAAUAUGAAGGUGGAGGCCGGAUCGGCGCCACCUUACUCCGGUGCCAUUGAUUGUGCUUUGAAGACUAUUCGUGCUGAGGGUCCUAUGGCUCUUUAUAAGGGCUUUAUUCCUACGAUUACAAGGCAGGGACCUUUUACGGUUGUGCUGUUUGUUACGUUGGAACAGGUUCGUAAGUUGCUUAAGGAUUUCUAACUUCCAUGAUGAUGAAGAACGUUAAGAAUGUUCUUUAAGACAGAUUUUAUUUUUAGAUUUAAUUAAAGAUUAUGAUAUGUGUUGUUUAGCUUAGAGAUUAAUUCCAAUUUAAUUAAUUAGCUAUGAUUGUUACCAAUUGUGAUUGAAUUUUAGGACCUAGUUACUUAUGGUUUUGGUAUACUGUGAGAAAUUAUUAUAUUUUUUUAUUGAUUUUGUUUUGGAAUUUUGAGUUUAUAUAGUUUGAUUAAUUGACGUGGCAGAAUGACAAUGUUAUCACGAGCUUCGUAUUUGUUUAUGAAAGAAAAGAAUGUGAUUCUGCUUAGGAGUUUGUGUUCUGAAUUUUCAUCUUCACCAUAGUUGUUGAAGAAUCAAUUUAUGAAUCUUCCAAAUUCAUAUUCAAGAAUUU